AUGCGUUGCUCUGGCUUUCUUCAUCACCGCAACGGUACUUCAUAUGCUGGCAGCCCUGUCAUCGACAUCCCAUCAGAUGCCACUAGCCUUCCUGAAGUUGCUGAAGACCCGCACAGUAUCAGUGACGUACACCACUCUGGUCAUCUGGGUAUCGCUGAUGUUAUGCCUUGUCGCCCUCUGUAUUUGCGUGGUGUUGCUCGCAUUUCUCAGGCAUAG